CGCCGCACCAGAAACCGAUGAACAACGAAUCCAUUGGGGGGUAACUGGUGUAAAAUGGCGCUGUCUCAAGGAACAAAGAAAAAAGUUUGCUAUUACUACGACGGUGAUGUGGGAAACUAUUACUACGGCCAAGGCCAUCCCAUGAAACCCCACAGAAUCCGUAUGACGCACAACCUCCUCCUCAACUAUGGACUUUACAGAAAAAUGGAAAUCUAUAGACCACACAAAGCCAGUGCUGAGGAGAUGACAAAGUACCACAGUGACGACUACAUCAAGUUCCUGAGGUCCAUCCGCCCAGACAACAUGUCUGAGUACAGCAAACAGAUGCAGAGAUUUAAUGUUGGGGAGGACUGUCCAGUGUUUGAUGGACUAUUUGAGUUUUGUCAGCUGUCAACCGGUGGUUCUGUAGCCGGAGCAGUGAAGCUGAACAAGCAGCAGACAGACAUCGCCAUCAACUGGGCCGGUGGGCUCCACCACGCCAAGAAGUCUGAGGCGUCUGGUUUCUGCUACGUCAACGACAUCGUCCUCGCCAUCCUGGAGCUCCUCAAAUACCACCAGAGGGUGUUGUACAUAGAUAUCGACAUCCACCAUGGUGAUGGAGUAGAGGAGGCCUUUUACACCACAGACAGAGUCAUGACCGUCUCUUUCCACAAAUAUGGAGAGUACUUUCCUGGCACUGGAGACCUGAGGGACAUCGGAGCAGGAAAGGGGAAGUACUACGCUGUGAACUACCCUCUUAGAGAUGGCAUCGAUGAUGAGUCGUACGAAGCCAUUUUCAAGCCCAUCAUGGCCAAAGUGAUGGAAAUGUACCAGCCGAGCGCUGUGGUUCUGCAGUGUGGAGCGGAUUCUCUUUCUGGAGACAGGCUGGGCUGCUUCAACCUCACUAUUAAAGGUCACGCGAAGUGUGUCGAGUACAUAAAAAGCUUCAACCUUCCUCUGCUGAUGCUGGGCGGAGGAGGGUACACCAUCCGCAACGUGGCGCGCUGCUGGACCUUCGAAACGGCCGUGGCCUUGGACUGCUCCAUCCCCAACGAGCUGCCCUACAACGAUUACUUCGAGUACUUCGGACCCGAUUUCAAGCUGCACAUCAGCCCCUCCAACAUGACCAACCAGAACACCAACGAGUACCUGGAGAAGAUCAAACAGCGGCUCUUUGAAAACCUCCGCAUGCUGCCUCAUGCUCCCGGCGUCCAGAUGCAGGCCAUCCCAGAGGACGCCCCUCACCCGGACAGCGGAGAUGAAGAUGAGGAAGACCCUGACAAGCGCGUCUCUAUCCGCGCCCAUGAUAAGAGGAUAGCCUGCGAGGAGGAAUUUUCAGACUCGGAGGAUGAAGCCGAGGGGCAGGGUGGGGGCCGCAGGAAUGCUUCGAACCACAAAAAGACGAAAAGAUUGAAGAAGGAAGAAGAGAAAGAAGGAGAGGAAAAGAAAGAAGUGAAAGAAGAAGACAAAGAGGAAGAGAAAAUGGAUACAUCAGGACCAAAAGAAGAAAUGAAGACCACUUGAAGUUGUGCUGUUCUUUACCCCCCCAAGAUUCCUGUUCUCCUGCAACAAGAGGACCUUUAGUCUUCAUUUUUUUACCUUUUACUAUGAGCAAACCUAAUUCACACCAUGUUCACAACUCAAGUACCAGGUGAAUGGGGGCUUACACAACUGCAGCAGUAUCUGAGCACUGGUUUAGCACAGUAAGAGCCCCCCAGUUGUUCCUCUCCCACCCACUUGGCACUUAAACCCUGAGUCAUUGUGUGAAUCAGGCAUGUUGUAAAAAAGAAAAUUCAGAUUGUUACUGUCCUCAUGCUGGCGUUUCAGAUUUAAACCUGUCUGUGGGGCUGAAGUUGGUCAGAUGCAAAAAAAAAAAAGUUCCCUUUUAUUUUUUCUUUGAUACAAAAACCUGCCUUAGGCGAGUAGUUCUGCCUUCCUGUUCAUCAGUAAAUGCAUGCUUAGAAUCAUCCAGCCUUCAGCAUGUACAUAUGUUCAAGUCUUUUCCCCGACAGCCCCCCAAACUGUACUUUUAAGUUAUUUUUAAAUCAUGAAUAGUCGGUUCCUUUAGCCCAUCUUUUAAACAUCGGCGCCAUGUUUUUAUGUUCAUGUAUGAGUGUGUGUGGACCUCUCAGAGCUGGUGAGUAAAUGACAUGUUUUAGAUAUUUUGUACCAUUGAUAAGUGGGGUAAACCAAUGUGGCUGUUUGCAAUCCUAUCCUUGUGAAAUGUCCAAUAUCAUAUCUUUGUUAAUAAAAACAAAAAAGAGAUCCA